UUUACAAAUGAAGUGAGGCUGUUGGUCUGCGGAGCGGCGUGGGAGAGCAAGGAGUGGUGCGGCGUGGCGCCUCUCAUCGAGCUUUGACAACAAAAACACGUUCAUCCACACACUCUCACCCGCCAACACCGACCGUCACCAUGCCUUGUCGAAAGGAGAACUAUAUCUUCCUGGAGCAGUCGGUUACCGUCGGCUCCAAAGAGGUGGACGCGCUGGUGACGAAGAUCGGCGAGGCGCUGCAGCUCCACAACAAUAGCAGCAGCCACCAGAAGACCAUGGCGGUGUCCUGUUUGCAUGGACUCACCGGCGGCGGCAGCGGGGUCAACCCGGCGUCAAUCAUCGGUGGUGGUUCAGGGGCACCGACUCAGAAACGCCAAGGCUGCUGUAUGAGGCUCCGGAACCGUGGAAGCAGCCGGGCGAGCCCGUAUAACAUCCCCGGAUCGAGCGACCAGGAAUGGGACCAAAUCAAACCGUGGAGCAAAAAGAGAAUGCACGCCGAGGAGGACGACCCGCACCGUCUGCUCCAGGAGCUCAUCUUAUCGGGGAACCUGAUCAAAGAGGCCGUGAGGAGGCUUCAGUUCUCGACCACAGACUGUGACUUCCCCAAGGCGGCGGACAACGUGCCCUGCUGAUCCGGCUACACACACACGGACCCGGGCCGGUUUUUUUCGUUUUCCCUUCCUCCUGGGGAAGUAAGAUUCUCCACACAUGGCGCUAUGAGACGACGAGUUAAACUCACAAGACUGGUAGCUGUGUUUUCUAAUUUCACCCUUUUUGUCUGGACUGUUCACUGUGUUGCGUCAGCGGUUGGUUAGCCUCGCUCACUAGCCUGCUAGCCGCCCGGCUAACGUUGUUUAUGUUUGAAAAUCUCCCGGAACUCAGACGUCACUGGUGGGGGGGUCGCAGGGUCUCCAAUAAGCCGGGAUAAGAUCACUUUCAUCAAUACCCCCCCCCAUCUUUCAUCUAAUAACAUCAUCUGAGAAAUGAUAUUUAACAUCCAGGCUGUUUUGUGUGUGAUUGUAAGAAGAUGGGGUCUCUGCUCGAUCAAUUUCUUUCUCGGACGUACAAGAACAUCAACCUAAACAUGUUUUUAUUCCCCACUUCACGCCAUUAAUCCGUCUGUGUUGUAUUUGGUGGGGAGGGAAAGGGGCUACGGUACAAACGAGUUCCCACAUGACGGUUGAGGGUGGUGUCGUGUUGGCCAUUUUGUUUACACUCUAAAGCUGGCAGUAGAAGGCAGGAAGGAAGUGUUCCAUCCUCCUUUCAUUUACAUGCUAGUUUCUUCUCCUUUAACUUCCAUGGGAGCAGCUAUUCUCACCAGUUAAACCUCAACUAGACACAUGUUUGUCAAACUCUUUUCUUACCUGACAGUAAGUGUGAUCUGUCUGUUUGAACACAAGUGUUGUCCUUGUUGAUGCAGGGUUUCAUUGUGGGCGCAUUCGGGCUCUAAAUAACCCCAAUAUAUUUUUCCUAAUGAAUUGGUGGGUAGCUAUUUUUGAAAUCGUAAAAAAAACAAGUAGACACUUGAGUGUCGUCGUCGUUUUUAAAAGAAGAAGAAAAUUUGCAGUGAAUGAAAAAUGUCUGACAAAAUGGAAAGAUGUCUUUCUGUACCCAGAAAUAUAAAUGAGUCCAUUGCAGAUUUGGGCCAUCAGGGGUCUCUUAAAUUGACCUGAUGUCCCGGAUGUGGCCCGUCGGCCUUGAGUUUGAUAACUGUGCUCUAAAUGAAGAGCCUCCACUUUCGAAGUGAAGUUGGGGGGGGCAUGGAAAAGUAGGAGGAAGCACAGCCAUUUCCCACAGGGCUUACUAACUGUGGCUGAUGUUUGUUUGUAAUGCUUGUAAAGGGGGGAGGGUUUGCCUGUCACAUGAAAUUUUUGUGGUGCUCUUCACCUUUUUGGAAUUCCAAUUGGGGGUUCUGCUGUUUUUGUUUCAUUUUUUUUGUAUUUGUGCGCCGUGUAAAAGAAAAAUGCACGACUGCUUCGUAACGAAGUAUCUGAUAAUGUUCCUGAGUAUUCAGGCCCUUUUUUUUGGUUGUCUUAAUAAACACUGUUUUGUUUUUCCAAA